UAAAAAAAAAAACUUCAAAAUGUCAUCAAGCAGUAGACCGGAAGAUCAUCGUCGAAAAUGGGACCGAGAAGAAUACGAAAAAUUAGCCAGAAAAAGACUUAUGGAUGAUUUUGAUGAUGAUUCCAAUAAAGAUUUAUCACCAGUUAAAAGAGAAAUGCUUAAACAAAGAGAUUAUCGUGUUGAUUUGGAUUCUAAACUUGGGAAAAGUGUUGUAAUUACUAAAGCUACCCCUUCGUCACAAAGUGGAGGAUAUUACUGCAAUGUUUGCGAUUGUGUUGUUAAAGAUUCCAUUAAUUUUUUGGAUCAUAUAAAUGGAAAAAAACAUCAAAGAAAUUUAGGUAUGUCAAUGAAAAUAGAAAGAUCAUCGUUGGAUCAAGUAAAAAAAAGAUUUGAAACAAAUAAAAAAAAAAUGGAAGAAAAAAAGAAAGAUUAUGAUUUAGAACAGCGUUUGCGAGAGUUAAAAGAAGAAGAAGAAAAGUUAAAAGAAUACCGAAAGGAAAAGAAAAAAGAGAAAAAACGAAAACAUGAUGAUUUGGAUGAUGAACCGCAACAUGAUGAGAUGGCUGCAUUAAUGGGAUUUUCUGGUUUUGGUUCAUCAAAAAAAUAAUUCUGAAUUUAUAAGUAUAAUUUCUAAGAGAAAGAUUAAAGGUGACGCUUAAUAAGUGCUGAGGGAAGUAGGGAGACCUACACCUCUUACUUUAAACCCUGUGCAAGAUCUCUAGUUUCCACUCAUGUUCACUUUAUCCUAUUUUCAUAGCACUAAUUAUUCUAGUUAUAAAUCGAUGUUCAGUAUGAUGCGCGUUGCCAAUGAAUACCCGUUUUCCUCUUUUUGUUAAUAUUAUGUAUCUAUGUUCUUUUUAUUGUUAAACAAAUUCCGUUAUUAUAAUAAUUAUUAGUAAUAACUGUAAUUUGGCCACUAUCCAUUCUAUAUAAACUAAAAUAAAUGCUCAAUCAAAC